AUGUAUUUCAUGACACAAGGUCAACGGGUCCUAAUUCUGGAAAAAACCAAAAAGUUGAAGGGAGUCAGUCGCCACUCUCAAGCGAGCAUGUUCAUGUUCGCCGACGUUGCAGCCCUACAGGCCGAGGAACCCGGAGAGGGAUCCCCGAUGACUGCGAAAGAGGCCCUUGGUCCAAUUCGGCCCAUCAGCCAAAAGAGCCCCUUCAAAAAGGCUCUGAAGCGAAAGCCUCUCGGGGACAUCACCAAUGCGCCCGCCGCGGCCUCCUCAUUCGAUGGGCGCCCAUCUAAGAAGCACCUCGGUGCUCAUGAACGAACGCUUCCGGAUCUCGGGCUCGGCGUCUGGGACCAAAAAGAACUUCUCGAUAACCGCGCGGCUCGCAUCCGUCAGUUGACGGAAACAGCCGCCAAUGGCUUCCAAAAACUUGCUCCGCCGCAACGUGAGUCCUACUUCCGCCGACACGAGACCGAAGACGUUUUGAAGGCCAUCUAUGAACAUGAGGAGCGCGACGCCUAUGCAAACUACUUUCGUGACGCCGUAGAUGCGUCUCACAACGCUUCGAUUGUGGCAAACAAGGGACAACCUAGGGCUGCAGCGAUUGCGGCUCUUGCCCUUGCUCAUUCUGUUGCGCUGUACAGCGCGCUGGACAGCAUCGUGGUGUCACUCGGACGUGAAAAACUACAUGUACCGUACACCUCGGCCAACACGUUUGCAAUCUUGCACAGACUCAAAGACGCGGCACCAGCGCUGUGGAUAAAUGAAAGCAUCUGUGCGAAGGGCACACACCUGGCCAACCACACCUCGGAAGAAUUCCCAUUUUACAGGAAUUUUAUGAUGGCGCAAGAGAAGCAGUUUGGUAAUGCAUUCGUGGUGUUUGACCAGGCGCGACAAGUACUGGAGUGCUCGCCACAACCGGGAAUGCCGCAUCAUUGUGAGACAGCGUUGGCGCCCUCGAUGUGGUUUUAUUUCAAUUUCGCAACAACGUGGGUUAAACGCGCGAGCACCGAGUACGAUUUGAAAGUGUUUGGCGUCUCUACGGUCGGCGGAUGCGCAACGAAAGUUGGGCCUUGCAGGACGAUUGCUGAUAUGGCAAAUCAGUGGGGCGUCCAGCAGGCUCAGAUUAUCAGCAUCCCGCACUACGAUAAGUCGAGCGGCAGAAACAGUGGGAAAGCAGCUCAGAUGCUUGAGUUAACUUUACUGAAGAUGCAAAAAGUUUUCCAACCUGGCCAAGCCCACAUAUUGCGAUCCCUUGUCCGCACGGUCGUAUACGCUCUUACUGCAUGGAGUGCGAUGGGACUCAAAUUUGCGAGCACGGUCGUGUACGCUCUACGUGCAAGGAGUGCGGUGGGUCUCAAAUUUGCCAGCACGGUCGUCGGCGCUCUGUGUGCAAGGAGUGCGGUGGGUCUGGAAUCUGCGAGCACGAUCGUAUACGCUCUACGUGCAAGGAGUGCGGUGGGUCUCAAAUCUGCGAGCACGGUCGUCGGCGCUCUACGUGCAAGGAGUGCGGUGGGUCUCAAAUCUGCCAGCACGGUCGUCGGCGCUCUACGUGUAACGAUUGUACGCCAUGGAAGACGUGCACCCAGUGCCCUAACCUCACGCGAAACAAAUGCGGGUUGUGCACGUCGUGCAACAAGGAGCGAAAGGCUAAGGCUUAGCGCGGGGAUGUCGAUGAAAUAA